CCAACAAGUUUCCAACAAAAGAUUGCAGCUCGUGCGAUAGGUUGGGUAUAUGAGUUAAAGUCAAAUACAAGCCAUUUCAAGUAAGAAGGGUUCGAGUGCAAGGAGGAAUAUCUAUGGGUGAUGAGGAGCAUGCUGUUGUGCAGCUGGUGUCUGCUGGUGGUCCUGAGUUUAUCUCGGGGCUGGGCUACACGUUUCAGCUCCAGGAUGGCAGCCAGGUGCUGAUCAGUGGCGACUCGAAGCUGGCCGACGGCGGCGACAAGGGCGACGAGCCGAGCGCGGCGCUGUCGGCGGCCGAGACGGCCGAGGUGUGCGCCGCCGGCGGACAGUCGGCGCUGCCGCUGGACGCCCAGCCGGAGGGAGCCGACGCCGCAGGAGCCGUCCCGGUCGACCCCAUAGAUGUGAGUGCGGCGGAGCGCGCGGCUCCCUGCGAUGCCGCGCGGCCGGGCGUGGCGGCCGGCCGGCGCCGCGUGGCCGUCGUUCUCAGCGAGGAGGGCGUGGCCACGGCGGUGCCACUGCAGUCGGUGGUCGAGGCCGGCCUCAGCCAGCGUGUGCUCUUCCAGGAGAACGGCCAGCCGGUGAUCCUGGAGGUGCUCGACCAGGAGUCGGAGCCGCCGCCAUCGCAGUCGAGUGGCGACGUAUCACGGCCGUCCCCUCCGGCCUCCCGCUCCUGGCUGAGCAAGAAGGAGCGCGGAGCCGGCGCCGGACAGAGGAAGACGGGCAUGUGGAGCCGAGAGGAGGUGGAGACGCUGUCGGCCAACAUGCAGCAGUACUGUCGGGAGCGAGGAAUUGACAACCCGGAGGACAUCAUCUUUCGGUGCUCGAAGGACGAGCGGAAGAAUUUCUACCGAACUGUGGCGUGCGGCAUCAACCGGCCGCUGUUCUCCAUUUACCGGCGCAUUAUCAGGAUGUACGACCACAAGAACCACGUGGGUCGCUACACGGAGGACGAGGUGGAACAGUUGCGAAACCUGCGCGCCAUCCACGGCAACCGCUGGGGCACCAUCGGCGCGCUGAUGGGCCGCUCGGCUGCCUCCGUCAAGGACCGUGUGCGCGUACUGCGCGACAACUGCAAUCAAGGUAAAUGGCUGAAGGAGGAGGAGGAGCGGCUCGAACAGGCCGUGUACGAUCUGACCGAGACGCUGCCCGGCCAGCCGGUCACCUCGGGUAUCAACUGGGCGGCCGUGGCGCAGCAGGUGAUCACACGGACCGAGAAACAGUGUCGAAGCAAGUGGCUGAACAACCUCAACUGGAAGACCAUGGGCGGGGACGAGUGGACCCGUGAUGACGACUACCGACUCAUAGACGUACUGUACGAGCUGCAGCUCAGUGAGGAGGGCGACGUCGACUGGACAGCCGUGGCCGACGACUGGCCGCGCAACUCUGUCCGCUCGCCGCAGUGGCUGCGCGGCCGCUGGUGGACGCUCAAACAGCAGUUCAAAAACCACCAGAGGCUCGGCUUCAGAGAGGUGCUGAGCGGCCUGCGCGCUCGGAGGGCGCUCGAGCGGCUCGACCCUCAGCGGGACUCGGACGAGCAGACCGGCGCCGAGGACAACCCCUCGCCGCCGCCGCCGCCGCCGCCCCCGCCCCCGCCCGCGCCGGCGCCUCCUCAGCCGCCGGCGGCGCCGCCCCAGCCGCUCAUCGCGCCGGGAGCCCGCGUCUUUGUCGACCAGGAGGGCAGAGUGAUCCCGGGCGGCUCAGUGUCUGUGGUGCCGGACGACCCGGCCGCCCAGUACGUGGUCGACCCGCUGGCCGAGGUGGGCGCCUACGCCGGCGGCGCGGCCGUGAUGAUCGGCGGCCAGCUGUACGCCACUCUGCCGGGCGUCUCCCACCUGCUGGUGCACGGGGACCAGGUGGUGGUGGAGCCCACACCGACAGCGCUGCUGCACCACGCCACAGAGUCCGGGGUGGCGCUGGCGUCGGCGCCCUCGCUGCCGGACCACGAGUACACGGACGACCCGCUGCGGGAGGCGCGGCUCUCGCAGCCCAGUCACACGUCCGUCAUACGGGGAGACCCCAUCAUGUCUCGCACCGCACCGGGCGCCACCUCUGAGGAGGACGAGAGUCUCGACUGUCCGCAGUAGACCGCCACUGUUCAGGGGCUCCACUGUCCGCAGUAGGGCGCCGCCACUGUCCGGGGCUCGACUGUCCGCAGUGGAGGGGAUGUCUCGACUGUCCGCAGUAGAGCGCCACCACUGUCCAGGGCUCGACUUUCCGCCGUGAGGCGCCACCGUCGCGGAGGACAAGUUUCGACGGUCCGCGAAGAAGCCCCACUGUCGCGGAGGACGAGUCUCGAUUGUCCACAAAUAGUCGCCACGGCCUCGCCGGCUGCCGCCUGCCCGGCGAAAUGAAUGCCGGAUGCUACCCGAUGCACCUCCGGUCGAGGCCGGCACGCGCGCUUAGCGUUGUUGGCCACCUGGGUCUGCUAUGAUCCAUGUACUUAUUGUAUCUGUUUAUUGCUUUGCGAUGUGUGCAUGUGCUGUGUGACGCUUCUCACUCUGAAUUGGGCUGAUGCCUGCCCUGUUUCUUUGCGAGCUUGUGUAACCUAGCCAUGCGUGGUUACUCGGGUCCGAUAUGUUGUGUGUGUUCAGCCUCAACACCCUCUACUGCCAUAUACUAUUUUUGAGGUGACUUUAAUGGGCUACUGAAGCUUCUUUCAGUAUUACUGGUGUCUGGUGCAUUGGUGGAAAUAUAUGUUUACUAUUACUC